AUGAAGGAGAAAAAUUCGGAGGAGGCGGAUAGUGGCUUGGCCUUUUUUAAAAAUAUGUAUGAUAAGUAUAGAGACGCAUUCUUGAAUCAUCUGAAGGAGUACGCACUGGAAGAGGAAAUCAAGGAACAUAUCUCCAAGUACUACAAGCUACUGUUUGAUUACAACUGCUUGGGGGGAAAAUACAAUAGAGGAAUUCUAGUCAUCCUCAUUUACGAAUAUGUGAAGAAUAGAGAUAUCAAUAGCAUCGAAUGGGAGAAGGCAGCCUGUUUGGCGUGGUGCAUAGAAAUCCUACAAGCCUCCUUCCUCGUGGCGGACGACAUCAUGGAUAAGGGAGAAAAGAGGAGGAAGAAAUACUGCUGGUACCUCUUAAAAGACGUGGAGACGAAGAACGCAGUGAACGACAUUCUUCUGUUGUAUAAUUCUAUUUACAAGCUCAUCGAAAUAUAUCUUCGGAACGAGAGUUGUUACGUGGACAUCCUCUCAACCUUCAGGGAUGCCACUCUAAAAACAAUCAUCGGACAACACCUGGAUACGAACAUUUUUUCAGACAAGUACACUGAUCUGAACAAGGAAAUUGAUGUGAACAAUAUAAAUGUGCCAGAACAGGAAAUCAUUAAUAUUAAUAUGGUUAAUUUUGAGGUUUAUAAAAAUAUAGUUAUCCACAAGACGGCCUAUUACUCCUUCUUUCUUCCCAUUGUGUGUGGAAUGCUACUAGGCGGAAUUGCCGUAGACAAUUUGAUUUACAAAAAAAUUGAAGGCAUAUCCAUGUUAAUGGGCGAGUACUUCCAGGUCCAUGACGACUAUUUGGACGUCUUCGCAGACAGCAAAAAUACAGGGAAGGUGGGCACGGACAUUCAGAACAACAAAUUGACGUGGCCCUUGAUAAAGGCCUUUGAACUAUGCUCCGAAUCGGACAAAAUGAAAAUAGUAAAAAAUUACGGCCAGAAUAACUUAGCCUGUGUAAAAGUCAUCGAAAGCAUUUAUGAGCAGUACAAGAUUAAGAAACACUACGAGGAUUACGAAAGGGCUCAGAAGGAAAGAAUAUUAAGUGCUAUAAACGAGUUACACCACGAAGGCAUAGAAUACGUACUCAAGUACCUCAUGGAAAUUCUAUUCACUGGUGCAUAG